GUUUGCUCCUCCGGCUGCCGCUGCGGGCGAAGGAACUUGGGGACCCCUCCCGCGCUGGGACUCCUGCUCCCCGCAUUUUCCAGCCCCCAGUCUCGCGCUCCAUCAAGCGAGGGCCUCUGGCUGAGGAGCUUUUUCAUAAUCUCCCCCCAGCACAGAAACGAGCUACUCGCCCCGCCGAAGAACAAGUCAACUAAGAAAAUGUGGAAGGGGCCAGUUCUGUUCUUCGUUUUGGGAAGCGCAUCGCUCUGGGUCCUGGCAGAAGCCAGCACGGUCAGGCCAGAAGAUGGCAUGACUACAGGUGUGGAAAAUGGCAAGGCGACCCCGGGUGUGGAAGAUCACGUGGAGACCCCAGGUGCCAGUGGAGAGCCCCAUGAGUCUGCUGGCUUGACAGCUCCGAUGCCGACAAGAACAAAGAGCAUGACAGAGGUUCACAAAGAGGACCUGCCCACUGCAGAAAGCACAAUCCACUCCCAAGGACAAAGCCAGAGCACGACAACCCUGAAUGUGGCAACUAGUCAGUCCCCGGGGAAAACAGAUGGAGAAAAACCAACAACAGUUGAGAAAGGUGGCUCGUCAACAGUGACCCUGGUUGGAAUCAUAGUUGGGGUCUUACUAGCCAUUGGAUUCAUUGGUGGAGUCAUCAUUGUGUUUGUUCGAAAAAUGUCAGGAAGGCCCUAAAGAGCUGAAGAAUUGUGCCCUCCUGCCAAUAUGUUUUAAAAAAGAGAGUUUCCAACUCCCCCCACCCAUGCCUGAGCGUGUGGAGAAGAUGACCCGUGGAAAUGCUUCGCCACUGCACUCAAAAUCCACGGUGAUUCCUCCACUUGCCAAAAGUAAUGGAAGGAAAGAGUAUUCAUAAGACUUGCUUCUCUAAGCAUUUGUCUUUUGAAAAAAAAAUGGUUUUAAUAUAAAUUUUGUAUAAGAUGAUUUAAAAGACAAAACGCAUAGAAAAUGGAGCAAAACUAUGUCAUCUGAUGUGUAACUAAGGUAGACAAUAUAAUUCAAUCGAUGUUA